AUGUCGAGGGAAUUCCUGUGGCAAGCACCGCAGCAGCAGCUCAGCAGCAGCACAGCAGCAGCAGCAGCACAGCAGCCAGCAGAAUCAGCACCAAGCACCAGCAGCCAGACACAGCAGCCAGCAGCACAGCAGACCAUCAUCACAUCAUCACAGCAGCAGCACAGCAGUAGCACCAGCCAGCAAGCAAACCACACCAGACACAGCACCGCAACACAGCAAGCACCAGCACCAGCACACAGCACCAGCAGUAGCACCAGCACAGCAGCACCAGCAGCGCAGCACCAGCAACAGGCACCAGCAGCAACAGCACCAGCACCAGCACACACAGCACCAGCAGCACCAGCAGAAUCAGCAGCAGCAGAACCAGCACAGCGCAAAUCCACCAGCAUAGCACAGCAGCAGAAUCAGCAGCACCAGCAGCAAAUACAGCAGCAGCGAGAAUCACCAGAGCACAGCAGCAGCACAGCAGCACAGCAGCAGAAUCACCACACAGCAGCAGCAGCAGACACCAGCAGCGCAGCAGCAGCAGAUAUCACACAGUACACAGCAGCAGACCAGACCAGCACCAGCGCAGCACACACAUCAUCAGCAGCAGCAGCAGAAUCAGCAGCAGCAGAAUCACCAGCAGCAGACCAGCAGCACACAGAGAAUCACCAGCGCAGCAGCAGAUCAAGCAGAGAAUCAACACAGCAGCAGCAGCAGAAUCACCAGCAGCAGCAGCAGAAUCACCAUACAGCAGCAGAAUAA